AUGCACGCCCAACGAAUCUAUCUGGCCCUCGCCUCGCUGUCCGCUCUAGUGGCUGCUUCGCCCAUCGCGAACAACAAGGUCGAGUCGUCUAUUGUGGACAACAAUUGGAAGACUUAUAUCAACGACAAGGUCGAAUCGUCCAUCGUGGACAACAAUUGGAAGACUUACGUCGACAAGCGGGACAAGGUAGAGUCGUCAAUUGUGGAUAACAAUUGGAAGACCUAUGUCGACGACAAGCUUGAGUCUUCCAUCGUGGACAACAACUGGAAGACUUACACUGAGUAG